AAUGAAGCUAUACAUUUUACAGAAAUUCACAAGAAUUACUCUUGUAUUUUUUUUUUGUAGGCACCCCUGAAGUAGUCCCAUCCACCCCAUCUGUAUCAGUUCAGAAUGUAUAUCCUUCUCAGACCGUAAUCUGGCCAGGGAGCGGACUGUUUGAAGCAGGUGACGAAGCAAUACUAGACAGCGUUUUGGAUUACGAGAACGAGAGUGGACUUCCAUCUCAAUCUGAAAUUAACACAACAGACAGGCCCGAGACACCUCCGACUAACGAGUGCAGACCAGAACCCGCUCACAAGGUGGACAAGGCUACUUGUACCAGCGAAGACGGUGUCUACCCGCUACUCGUCAUACCCGACACGCCAGAAAAGCAAGGCAGACAACCGGCUAACACUAAAGAAGCUGACACUGACGGAGGACCAUCUGGAUCCAAAAUUAGCAUACCAGAAGCACCAGAGAAAGAAGUGACUGACGACUCCAGGCCAUACCCCAGACUGAAGCAUUCCACUAGAAGAAGUGGCAGGAGGAAUACGAGGAGAUCAGCUUCAGGACGUCGGGGUCUAUCGAGAGGGAAGAUCUCCUGCCUUUGCCGCGUAAAAACACCUGCAGAUAUCGACAAACGAGCAAAUCUAUAAAGUGGAAAUGCUGCUUCUUCUGUGCUCCUGGAUUAUUGCGGGGGUCGUGGCGGAGGACUCAUCAGUGACAUAUUAUCAACUGAGAAACAGCUCAGUGUGUCUGCGUCCUAGAAAACCACCACCGUAUAUUAGUGUGGUAUGGAAGAUUGGAGGAAAAAUGGUUGUUUCUGAUAAAGGAGUCAAUCCCAUCUUUGCAGGGAAAGUGUUUGCUCCUGGAAACCACUCACUGUGUAUUAAUGAACUGACGGACACAGGUGCUGCCAUCUAUGAAUUAUCUUUAGUUGACCCAGACUUUAAUGCAGUAACAGAGAGACACCAAGUCAUUGUUGAAGAACCUGUUCCUGAACCAGAGGUGACGAUAACAGUCCUUCACUCCAACCUGUCUGCUGGACUGUGCAGUACCACAGUGAACUGCUCCAUCCAGGAUGACUGGCUGUGGUCCGUGUGUGAUGGAGAGAGCUGCAGAGAUGCUCAGAAAUCAUUCAGCAAGGUCAACAUCAGCAUCUCUACCGACAACUCCACCGUUUUCUGCAGCGGCGAGAACCACGUCAGCAAAAAUAAUGCGUCUAAAAGCAUACAGAUCUGUUUCUAUCAGUCUAUCCUUGAGCAUAAAGCUCAGACACAUGUGUUACCAGUGGUAAUAAGACUUGUUGCAGUGUGUUUAUGUCUAUGUGUAUGUACUGCCUGUGUGGUUAAGAAGCUCCAUUCACCAGCAUGCAACCGCCAACAAUCUGAACCCUCGUACGAGAACGUAGCAGAGUCGUCAUAGAGCUCCACGAAAUAAGCAGCCCAAGACAACAGAGGCUGGAUCCAAGGUGCUGAAUGUGAAGAGGUUGGCGAGAGCGACAGCAGUAAAGACGCAGGCACAACAGCUUAUGAUGGUUGACAGAGUCUAGACUGAAACAUGUACAGGAACAGAUACAUGGAUGGAUGGAUCAUAGAUCGAAGUAUAGAUGAAUGGAUGAAAAAAUGAAAGACUUUGGAUGAUGAUUAUGAUGAUAAUGGAUGGAUGUAUAAUUGCAUAUAUUUCCCCAUCUAUGCUAUUUCCCCUUCUCUUUCUCGUGUAAAAUGUCAUUUCUAAUGCUUAAAACCUGUAACCAUGGACUCAGCUUCACCAUUAUGUAGUUACCAACCACUGUAAAAUAUCAUGUAUGUGAACAACAAUACAUUUACAACAACAGUAUUGAUUAAAGGAGGAAACCUGGAGAUUUUAUAUUGUAACUGAACCUCUCACUAAAGCAUAUUGUGAGAAAGCGAAUGUUCAUAACAUAAUGUAAAAGUUGUGUGCAAUGAUGAGGUUUUUUUUUUUUUUUUAACUUAUUAUAAACAGCAUAUCUUAGGAUUUGUGGGAACAAACUGGAGUAACCUAAACCCAUUCAAGACAUGAACUUUUUUUAGAGCAGACAUUUUCUUUGUCACAGCAGCAAACACACUGUGGUGCACCCGUGCUGCACCUGCCAUGCCAAAUGAUCUUAACUACUUAUCUUGGCUAAUGUUUGCUGUGAAAAGAGUUUAUUGACGGUCAGCAGGUGGAAGUCAGCUCAGGUAUCACUGUUGGAUGUGGAGUUCUUCUUCCACCUAGCAGGUUUCCUCAGACCCAGGAUGUCUCUGUCUCUGGUUUCCUCCAUGACCUCAUUCAUCUUCUUUGGUGUCUCUGGGUGGGUUUCCUCAGAAACUUGUUCCACCUCCAUUAGUGUGGGAUCAGGGAAGGCAUUAGGGAUGGAUGCCUCCUGCUCGCAGGCUAUUUGUGGACUUGAGUAGCCAUUUUUGAAUUGCUGAGGAUCUAUGCAUCGGAGUUUUUAAGAACUCUCUCUAGUUCACACUUUGCUUCUUUCUCCCUGUUAAUUAUAGUCCAUCAGAUUUAAAACAAGUUCACUUGUAUCUGUC